AUGUUUAGAGAAACAAGAGUAAAUAAUAGAUUGGAAUAAGAUAAAAAGGUUAGACAGAAUUAAAUUUCAGAAUUGAUUAAAAUAUUUGAAGAAGAUUAAAUACAAACAGAUGUUGCUUAAUAAUUUUCGAAUUAGCUUGAAUAAGCAGCUUUUGAAUUAUCAGGUGGUGAGAAUACUAGAGAAUAUAGAACUAGAUUAAAUACAGUCAAAAUUAGAUUAAAUGGCACCAAAGGUAAGUUAUUAUUACAAAUUUAGGACAAUUUAUUCGAUAGGUUCUAUUGUAAAAUAUUAUGACUCCUUUAGAGUUGAUGUCAUUUGAUAUGUCUAAGUUAAAUGAAAAUUCAAUCCAAACAUUCUUGGAACAAAAUAAUAGAUAAUUUCCUUAAAAGAAUAUCUCCAAUAGAUUAGUAUAGAGAAUAGUUAUGGAUAAAGAUCUUUCUUAAAAUUCUAAUGAAAAAUAAAAGGAAUCAAAUAAUGAUUUAAAAAUUAAUUCAUAAUAACAAUAAAAAGAGUAAGUUAAUGUAGAAAAUUUUAAUUAACUUGACUAAAAUAAACCUACUGAAUUGAUACAAACUGAAAUUAAACAAUAAAAUAUUGAAGAACAUCCUCAACCAAUAACAGAAACAGAGAAAAUUGAUUUUGCUCCUUAAGAAGAACCUAUUUAAUAAUUUGAAGAAUAUAUCGAUUAUGUAUAAAUUAUAUAUUAUAUUUAGAGUUUUGAAUAUAAUCAAAAAUAAAGAGAUUUUGUUGAAGGAAAUGAUUUUCCUAAUAUUGAAGAACUAUAAAUUAAUGAAAUCAAAUAAAAUAAUUUAUAAGAUGAUUAAUUUGGAAAUAGUCCAUUGCCUUCUGACAAUGUAUUAAAUCAAGAAUUUCUCUAAGAUGAUCCUUAAAUAGAUGGACCUAAAGAGAAUAUUUAAACUGAAAUUUUAGAUUCUUAAAUUUAAGAAGAAGAAUAAAAAUAUUAUGAACAUGAAUGUAGUUUUUAAAUAUAGGAAUAAUAAUUAAUAAAUGCUAAAAAACAAAAUGAAAUUUUAGAUCAAUAAAUAGAUCAUUAAUUAGCUGAAUUUGCAGUUCAAACAAAUGUGUAAAAUGAUAAUAUUCAAAAAAAUUAAUAAAAUCAUAUUUAAAAUUUAAAAUAAGAAACCAAUAAUAUUCAUACUCAUCAUUUUGAACAAUAAAUAUAUUAAAAAGUUAUUGAUUAACAUUAAUAAUAAAAUAUUAAAGAUAUUUAACAAUAAAAAUAAGUAAAUAUUGAAUAAUUACCUCAUAAUUAUGAAGAAUUUUUUAAUUUUAUUGAUAAUAGAGAUCUAUAAUAUGAAAAGUAAAUAAAUUAAUUGAUAGAUUAAAAUAAAAAUUUAACAGAAUAAUUUUAUAAAAUCUAAAUAGAAAAUUAAGUUCAAUAAGAGAAUUUGGAAAUUUAAAACCUAAAUUGUUAAAAUCUUAUUUAAUAAUUAAUCAAUGAAAAUAAUAUUUUAAAAUUAACUUUUUAAUAAAAUGAAUAACAAUAACAAUAAUUACUUGCCCAUUUAAAAGAAUUAUCAUUAAUAGAAAAGGCUUAAUUUUAAUAAGUUUAUUAAAACUAAUUAUCUAAUCAAUAAAAACAUAAAGAAUUUUUAGAAUAAAUUAGAUUUAACUUAGAUUAUAGAAAAGAUACUGUUAUUAAAUUAAAAUAAUCUAAUUCUAUAAGUAUUAAUUUAGAUGAUGAAAUUGGUUAGAUAUAAGAUCUUUUAGCCAAAUAAUAUAUGUUUGAACAUAAUAAUUAUUAAACAAAUUCUUAAACAAAUGAGAUUCAAACAUUCAAUCAAUAAUAUUGGGCAUCUGAAAAUGAUGCUUAGACUAUUGGUACUAUGGUUAAUGCAGAUUCUGGUUCAACAUAAAUUCGUAGAAAUAAAGAAGCUUUGAAUACAGAAGUUUAAGAAGAAGUUGAAUAAUUCUAAGUUUAAAGUGAAGCUCACAAUAUUGGAGAUACAAAUUAGACUAGAUCUUAUUAAUAAACUAUAGAAAACAAUUAAUUUAAGAAUUCUACUUAGGAAUAAACUAAUUAGGAAAAAGAAUAAUAAAUAAAUGAUUAAUUUUAAAAUAAGAGAAUUAAUAAUAUCAAAUAAAAUGAUUUAGAUGUAUAGGGUAUAAAUAAUGGAGAAGAUUAAAAUUUAUAAGAUAAUCAAAUGUUUAAAUAGAUUAAAAGUACUAAUCAAAAUAAAGGAAGUGAAAUUUAAAUGAAUUAAUAAAGAAAAAGAUAAUAAGUAAAACGAUCUAAUGUUCCUGAAUCAUUAUUUGAUUGA